AUGUCCUUGUUCGCGUCCGCUUGCGGUCUCGAGCUCGUGUGGGUCAACCCGUCAUCCGAAGGUGCUUCCGAGAAGAACGCUCCCGAUCCUGAGCGCUACCGGGUGAUCCGCAUCCCGGCUGGCCAUAGCAAGAUCAUCUCCCGCUCCAGCUCGCCCACCGUCGCCGACUUGAUCAACGAUCUGGACGACAAGAUCUGCUUUGAAGCUGCCAAGGUUGUCUCUCGUGAGCACGCCACCAUCGAGUGGAUCGAUCGUGUUCCGUUCAUCAAAGAUCUUGGCUCCACGCACGGUACCUUCGUCGCUCACAGGCGGGCUUACACUCUCUCGUCGGGCAGAUUCGCCGAAGAAAACGCCCUCGCUCCCUCCAGACGAAUCGAAGGCAUUGAGCCGCUCAGAGACGGCGACUUGAUCGAGUUCGGCAGGACCACCGUUCGUCCCGAGAGGGCUCACUUCCCAGUCCGUUGCUACCUGCGCCUUGCCUCGCAGCGCGCUUCUUCUUCACCGAACGUACCAAUCAAGAAGCCCGGCGUCUACGGCCUCACGGACGACUCCUUCGACUCUGAAUCGGACAUUGUCAGCAUCGAUGCUGAUGCUUUCCGUGCCACCGCUGCGACCAAGACUCAUGCACCUCAAGAGGUGGUCGACCUGACCAGCGAGGAUGAAGAUGAAGGCGAACGUCACGACCCUGUCUUUAAAGCCUCAGCAGAGCCAAUCCCGACCAUGCCUGCUUCGUCGCUGCCUCCCGCCACCGAGUGCAACGAUCCGCCGAUCCCGGGGCACGAUGUCAUUGUCAGCUACGACGAGGAAAGUUCUGCCAGCGACUCCGACGAAAGCGUCGACCCCUACGACAUUACGCCCGUUGCGCCUUUGCGCGACGAGAUUCAAGCCCUGAUUCGCGAGGCGCGCGAAGCUCAAAACCAGGGCGACCUCUACAUGGAAUCGUACAAGACGAUCCAGUGCGAGUCUCCCGCUACUUCGAUCGGAGGCGACUCUCCCAUUCGCGAAAAGGCAAAGGAAAGGGACAGCGAACAGGCUCGCGACGUGUCGCCCUCUCACAUGCUCAUCAAGGACGCGACAGUCCCUUGUGCCUCCGCUGCUUCGGUCCCUUCCUCUUCGGCCUCUACCACCGCCGUCGUGCCUGAGCUUUUCGUUCAGGGAUCCGCUCAGAUCCUUUCAGAAAGCUCGCCUCUGAAGCGCAAGGCAGACAGUAUGGACGCCCAGGUCGCUCAGGCUCCCGUCGACGCUACACAGGUCGACGCAACCCAGGCUGACGCGACUCACGUUGACCAGACUCAGGCUGACAUUGUGCUCAUCAGCGAGAAGCAACCCGCUCAAGGCGAUCCGGAGCCGCACUCGCCCAACAAGAAGACGCGACUGUCGCCUGUCGGACAGCAGCAAGAACGGGUGCAGCCGCACAACGAAGACAGAACUCCGAACAGAGCGCGCAAGGUUGGAAACUUCGUAGCGAAGGCGGUUCACACCACGAGCCUCCUCUCCGUUGGCUUCCUCGCUGGCUCACUCUUCACAUUCAAGAGCAUGAUGAAUGCUGCUGCGACCGCCAACGCUGCUGGGUCCGGCAAGUAA